AUGCCACGAAUUACAACGUCACUCCUCCGCAAAGCACGUACAAUAGAUCCUUUUCUCUCCGCACUUCUCGCGCCGUGUCGAGAUUUACACACUGCGCAAAACGAGCUACGAUGGCUCUAUGAACACGUCGAGAAGGUCUCGAAGACGCGUCGCGCGAGGGGAGGUGCGAUUGAUAGAAGUGCAUUGCUAAGGCAAUUGGUCAAAGAAAGAGCAAAGGGCAAACCGCUACAAUAUCUACUGGGCACGGAAUACUUCGGUGGCCUUGAGAUCCAGUGCAGACCUGGCGUGCUUAUUCCACGACAGGACACUGCGACCUCGGUAUCACACUUAGUACAGUUGAUAUGCGGUGCGCAAAAGCUUCCUAACGAGUUACGCAUCUUGGAUCUGUGUACAGGCACCGGCUGCAUACCGCUGUUGUUCGAUCGCGAGUUCCACUCGUCACGCAAAAAUGGACAUAUAUGCCUACUUGGGAUUGAUGUCUCUGAUAAGAGUCUUGCGCUGGCUCGUCAUAAUCUCAACGUAUUGCACAAGAGCAGAAAACAUGGAGAAUAUGACAAAAUCAGCUUCCUCAAGGCGGACGUUCUCGCUGAUUCGUCUUCCGAUAUAUCCUCAGAGCUAUUGUCGUUGAAAACCGCUCUCGACCAUGGUUCCCAGCCGCAGUUCUGGGACAUACUCAUCUCGAACCCGCCAUAUAUCUCACCAUCGGAAUACUGGAAGACAACGACACGCUCGGUUCGUGGCUUCGAGCCAAAGCUCGCGCUCGUACCUCCAUCGGCAACGGGCUACUCGGACACACAACAAGGCGAUCUGUUCUAUCCGCGCUUGCUUGAGAUCGCGCGCGAUGUCCAGGCAAAGAUAGUCUUGCUGGAAGUUGCAGACCUCAAUCAAGCCCUUCGUGUUGCACAAUAUGCGCGAGAUCUUUAUAUCUUUGAUGGCGUUGAGAUAUGGAGAGAAGAACCCAGUUGUUCAUCUGACUCUACAGACGAGAACGGAUUUUCGAUCUUUGGCCAAGGCAAUGCGCGGUCAGUUCUCUGCUGGCGCGGCGAGGGAACGAAUUGGUUGGGCAAGACGAGAACAGCGACUUCGGCAUGA